AUGUUGCGAUUGCGAACCGACGCCGCAGGUGCCGCUGAAAACCUCGUACAAGGCGAUUAUAACUCGCAACCGCUUCUUUCUUGCAUUUCAACGCACCCGUCGACUCGGUGUGUUUGUGGAAAAUGUUUUGUAUUUAAACUUCAACUACGAGUUCGAUCAGAAGUAAGUACUUCGGUUUAUUAAUAAUUAUUAAGCUUUUAGUUUAGUUUCAAUAAAAAUAAUUUCGUGUUGCAUAAUAACAUUUAUAUAGAGAAGAAACAUAGGUGCAUGCGAUUUUCGCAUGUUUUUAUUGGUUGGUUAAAAAAAAAAAAAAAAUAGCUGGUGUAUACGGUAGGUACUUACAGCCUAUACAUUUUGUAUGUAACGUUUUAUCUUGUAUAUUUUUGUGUUUUUGGACCUACAGGUUUUAAGGCAUGUACGUUAUGACUGCAUAAAUGAUGCAGUUAAGCUCCCGAGCGAUUUCUGGAAUUUUUUUUCUAAAAUGUGUUUUCGCAUGCUUAAUUUGAUGGUACUUUCAAAAAAAAAGUCGCUCAAACUCCCAUUCUCAAGUUAUGGUCAAAAUGCUCGAAUUUUUUAAAAAUAUCGAGUUUAAAACAUCUACAAUUUAUACUUUUGGAAUUUUUUUUCUCAGAAAUGGUAGUAACUAUAUGCUUGACAUUUUGGUGAAAUCAGAGUUCACCUAUCGUACUUACAUUUUUUGUUAUUGUUAAUAAACCAGGUAAAAGCUAAUUAUAAUUUUAUUUCAAUCAUUUGCUUAUUAAAGUAAUUUAAAAUUGAUUUUUUGGACUUUUUUAGUUUUUCAUUCGUUGCAGGGUUAGAAUGUAUAAUACAGUAAAGUUUAAUAGCUCAUAUAAUACAGUAAAGUAUAUAACACUUAUUAUACUUAUGUUUAAAAAGUACAGCAUAAAACUAUUAGUUGUGUAUGUUUUAUACUGUAUACUAUUUGUUUAUUUUUUUUUUGGCUGCAAUUGAACAGAAAUUUUCAGUUAAUAUAAUUGUCAAUUGAAUUUAAUCAUCAUUUUAUAUAGGUAUCUCAUAUUAAUUACCUAAGAUGUAUGUGAUAAUUUGUUAUAUUAUUUACUAGUUAAUCUUUAUUCUUUGUUAAUAACUACACAAAUAUUUAUAAUAACAAAAUAGAAAUUUGUUUUGUUUUUAUUUUAUUCUAAAUUUAAGAAAAUUCACCAAAUUUAUGUUUUUUGUUAAUUUGAUAUUAAUUUAUAAGUUUGAAUACUUAUUACAAUUUAAAAUGUUCAGCAUUAUCACUAUUAUAAUAAAUUUCGAAAAAAAAAAAAAAUGUCAUAUAUAAAGUUUUAUACGUUUUAUACAUGGAGAUAUUAUACGUGUAACUUAUAAAACGUUUUAUAUGCAUACAUUACCAAUCCUAAUUCGGUGUGUAAUAACAAAGAAUUUUUUUAUGAAACAAUAACUAUAUGUUUUAUCAAUAUUUAUGAGCUAUUUAAGUGAAAACGCCAAAGGGUUGUUUUUUCGGCAGUAAUUGAAAAAUUGCAGUUUUUGACACUAAUUGACAAUCAACAUAUUAAAAUGUGUCCAUGGACAUCCUCUCAAGUUAUAUUUGAAAGUUAAAUACAUUGACGGAUAUUUAUGGAGAUGUCGAGAUUAUUCCAAGAAUACACAUUGAAAAAAUGUAAAUUUAAAUACUUCAUUAUAUAUUUUGUUAAUUAAAAAAAAUAGUAAUAAAUUACAUUUUUCCAAAAGUAAAAUGUGAUAUUUAUGUAUCCAUAAGAAAAGAUACAUUUUUCCAAACCAAAAAAUAUUAGUUCUGAUUUCACUAAAAACUUCUUUAUUUUAUUACACACUGAUUGAAAAAAAAAAGUACAAAAAAUCAAUUUUGAGUUACUUAAAUAUGAAAAUGAUUGAAAUAACAUUAUAAUUAGGUUUUAGGUGGUUUAAUGAAUAAUAACAUACAAAGUAUAUUAUUGUUGUAAGUGGACAAAGUAUGUCGUACAAAGUAAAUGCGAUAAGUGAAUUCUGAUUCCACCAAAAUGUUAAGCAUAUAAUUCAGCAGCGGUUCCAGACAUUUUUUAAAAGACCCCCCUGGCACAUUAUUUAUAUUUUCAGUAAAUUAAUAUAAAAUAUAUAAAUAAAAACUGUAGUCCAUUGAUAGGAGGAGGGCACAUGCCCCUGUGCCCUCCUCCUGGAUCCGAUAUUGAUAAUUAUUAACAUUUAUAAAAAACAAAUUCCAAAAAUAAAAAUAUUUGGUAUUUUAAAUUCAAAAAAACGUUUUUUAGAAAAAUCAAGCAUUUUUGAAUUUUUUUGACUACAACAUUCAUAUGAAAUUUAAGGGACUUUUUUUUGAAAGAACCAUCAAAUUAAGUAUGCAAAAGCCCACAUUUUAGUAAAAUAAGAAUUAGAAAAAAUCGCUCGGAAGCUAAACUGCCUUCAUUUCAUUAUGACACAUCCAAAGAGGUGGCUAAAGUCAAUUAGCUCCUGUACUUGCUUCCGGCCAUAAAAGUUUAAAAAUGCCUAUAUAUUUCAAUUAAAUUGCAUGUGUUCUCUAAUUUAUUAGCUAUAAUAGGUAUAUGAAAAUAAUACUGACAAUAAUUUGACAUCUUGUAAUUCAUACAUACAUUUUUUUAUUUUAUAUAUAUAGACCCUAUUUUAAGCACAUAUUUUGGUAUUUAUAGUGCAGUUUUGCAUUCAUAAUUUAAAAUUUUUAUAAUUGUAAUAUUUUUUGUUGAAUAGGUGUCAUGGGUGUCUACAGUGAGAGUUUCAGAGAAUAUAAAGUUUUCCAGUCACCCAUGGCAGGAUUUUAUAAUUGCCAAAAGUUAGGCCACUUAGAUAAAAAUUACCCAAUGCGUUGUUUCACCGGCCAUGUGGAGUGGAGGCCAAGUGGUGGGCAGCAAGGUGGCAGGCAGCGUAAUGGUGGGUACAUAGUAGCAGGUGAUAAAAGAGUAAUCGGGCACGACAAUUUAUUGGCUUUCAUCACUCCAAACGAAAUUCGACCAAACAUCUGA